UGGAAAUUAUGCAUCUUAAGUAUGAGUGGGUUCACCUGGCCUACCUCCUUAGCAGUCAGAAUAUCAUGGAUGCUGAGAAAGGCCUGUAUGGUCAGAGAGCCAUCAGUGAGUUUCUCAGAGGGGACAACAAACCAGCUCCUUUUGUUGGAUAUGAGGAUAUGUUGGUGUAGAGUAUCAGUCUCUUCCUAUUACCUAACAGACUGCCUUUUAUUAGAAUACAAAAGGCAGGAGCCUGCCAUAAAAAAGCUCCUCCAAGGCACCUUUGGCCAAGCGUUAUGCUCAGACCACACCAGGAUAGUCGCCAGAAAGGUCACAUUCACAUCUGGAACAAUGUCCUCCUAUACAGUGAUGAGCGAGAACUGGAUGAUCAUAUCCUGGAUAAUGCUACAGUCUGAGACAGAUAAGUCUUUGGAGCCCAUGUACCAGGGUUUGGCUAACCAGUACAGAAUUGGCAAGACUAACUUCCAGUGGGUAGACAGGGACUGCUGUUCAGCCUUCAGGGUUGCGGAAUCGCUGCAAGUGGAGCAUCUUGACUGGAAUGCCUGGAAAACAACUGAUUCUAUUGUAGCCCAAGCCAUACAUGGCUAUCUACUGAACAGAUGUGCAUCAAGAACAAUGUACAACAAAAACAUUAUCAUCAAACUGGACUUGUUCCACUGUAUGAGGGAGACCUGCAGUGACUCAAGGAUGCCUAUGCGUUCUGUGGAACUGAUCCAGCAAAUCCUACCAAACAACAUAUCCGUGAUUAUUGUAGGACAAAGAUACUAG